AUGUUUCAACAAUCUUUAUCUGUUUUGAGAGAUGAUAACCAUCGAGAAAGUCAUAUUGGAGUAACUGAGAAAGGACAGUCGCAAGAUCAGUUCCUUACACCUUUGCAACCGCACACAAUCUUGUUGAAGGAUGGAGAAACGAUAUCAACAAUGUAUCCGAUACCUGCAAAUGCAGAAUUGUUGCCAGUCGGACUGCUGGCCUUCCUGCUGGAUGAGUUUAAUAUGGAAAUCGAAAAAGGCGACAGCUUCCCCUAUUAUGAAACGCUGACGUUAGACCAGUUCAAGGAUGUUUGGUUUCACAAAGAUGGACAUAUAUGUGUAAUGGUUUUAGGUGAGAUUCCGGAGCUGGACUACAGUAUACUCAAUGAUCUUUCCAACCUGGAGAACAACUACGGUACUGAUAUCGAAACGAUGAGACACACGUCGCAAUACAAGAAACGUAAGGAACGUCGAAAUCUCAACUUGAAUAUACAGUGGGAGAAACAAUGUUUGGGACUGUUCUCUUUGCAACCGGCGUAUCCUGGUAGAUCGUCUCACGUUGUGACAGGAUCUUUCCUGGUAAACGCCGGUAUUCGAGGUAAGAGGAUUGGCAGAACUUUAGUGGAAACUUUCAUUGAGUGGUCGCAAAGACUAGGGUUCACAUCAUGCUAUUUCCCAUUGAUUUAUGGUACCAAUGUAGGCAUACGGCGGAUUUUAGAAGGACUUAACUUCAGACAAAUAGGCAAAUUACCAGAGUCUGGAAUCCUAAAAGGCUUCGAUGUUCCGGUAGAUUCAUUCAUGUAUGGUAAGGAAUUCACCCAUAUUACGAGAAGUAUGGAUCUAUUAAGAGAUCCAAACAAGUCUGAAGAAAUAGCGAGAUACGAAAGGCUGAAAUAUUAUAUGGGAACAGGUAAGUAUCCUGCUAAUUGUGAUAGAAACGAAAAAGCAAGAUUACGUGUUACGGCGAAAUCACAUUCAUUAGUAGAUGGUAAAUUGCUGAUCAAAGGAAAAGAGAUUAUCACCGAUCCCAACAAACAGAGAGAAAUAUCAUUAGAAAUGCAUCUUGUGGAUCACCAAGGUAUCAACAAGCUAACAAGUAAAAUCGCCGAGCGAUAUCAUUGGAAGGGCAUCAAGCAAACGGUUACCGAAAUUAUUUCGGAGUGCCGAAAAUGCAAGAUGAGGCAUCAGGACGGCGUUGGUGUGGUUGUCGUGGGAAAUAAAGCUGCACAGCAAGCUCACAUGAUACCGAACAACAAUAUGAACAUGGAUGAGAUCGAUCACUCCGCUCAGCUUUCCAGAAUGGCUGCAGUGGUCGUAAAUUCCUUGCAAGAAGACGAAAAUUCCACCCGAAAUGUCAAUAUGAAUGGAAAUGAGAAUGAAAAUUCCACACCAGCAGAUCUCAACACCAAUCAGAUAGCUUCAAGGGCUAUACCAAAGAUGAGCCACGAUUCACUAGUUCAGCCAAUGCUCAGUAGUCACCAAACCAUGAAUGCGUUUGAUCAUUUCAUGGAAGAAGAGCAUACAAGAAAGAAACGCAAGUAUCUAGAAGUAUCCACUGACACCGGCACGCCCUCUAGCAGCACACCGGGAACUGUACCCGUGAUGGACAGGCCGGAUCAGAGUCUGGAAGACGUCAUGUUGAAUUUGCAAGACGAUAACGACAUAGACCCAAUAAUUCAUCAAAAGGGUAGCACGUCUUCUCCGCCUCGCCAUCACAUAAGUUCCAAUGAGGACAACAUCAAUGGCGAUGAAAAUUACCAAGAUCACCGUAAACAUGCAUACUACUAA